AGUGUGCUAAAUCGUAGUUCUUUCUGUCUCCUGUUCUUUCUCCGUCAUCUCCCUCGCCGGUUUCCCUCUCCCCCUCUCUUUCUUCGUCUUCCUCUGUGGCUUUCGUGGCCGUUCCUCGGGUUCGUCUGCGGUUUACCUUCCAGAUUGAAGGGGUGAUCACAGCCUGAUUCUUUCAUCGAGGGAAGCUUUGUGUUCAUUGGCUAGCUUGACACAAUGGUUUCAUUCGAGAUGAAUGAUCGAAAAAAGAUUGGGCUAGGCUUGACGGGUUUCGGUGUAUUUUUCUCAUUCUUGGGAAUCAUUUUCUUCUUUGACAAGGGACUUUUAGCAAUGGGGAAUAUUCUCUUCCUGUCAGGUCUAAUGUUGACAAUUGGUCUCAAGUCCACGAUGCAGUUCUUCACCAAGCCUAAGAACUACAAGGGUACCAUAUCCUUUGGCGCUGGCUUCUUCCUGGUCCUGAUUGGAUGGCCAAUCAUUGGCAUGAUCGUGGAGUCAUAUGGCUUCAUUGUCCUCUUCAGCGGCUUUUGGCCAACCGUUGCAGUAUUUUUACAGAGGAUCCCCAUCUUUGGCUGGCUGUUCCAACAGCCUUUUGUGACAUCGUUACUUGAGCGCUACAGAGGCAAGCGAGUUCCAGUGUAGUAGCCGCCAGUCAACAAGCAGCUGCAGCAGCUGCUGCUGCUGUUAUUAAGACAAGUUACUUCUCACUGCAAAAGUGUUACUUCUCACGGCGUAUUGUUUGUAACAGGGGACUCUUUGAAUGAUAGAUAAGGUUGUAUGUGCAGCUCGUGUCAUCAUGUUUAUGUUUAUUUGUGCCCGCUUUGGAUCGUCUUAUCUAUCUAUGCUUAUGCAUUUCUACAACUUA